AUGUCUAUGUGUACAAAAGGGCGUGAAAUAAUUCAUGAACUGAUUGCAAUGGAAGCAUCAUUUGAUCAUGGCGAGGUUGGAAACUGGCAUUCGGCAAGAGAAGGUGGCCACUCGCAUCGUAGGAUCCUUCACGCAACUGACAUGACUAGAAUUUGGGAACAACUAAAAAUUCACAAGUUGAAAGAUAGGUAG